AUGGAGUCAACAGAGGGGGACAAGUCUCGGCAAGAGAUCCCCGCAAAAGAGGAAACCAAGCGCAAACUGGCCCAGCGCGCCCAGCGCAAGGCUGAGCGCAAGGCAAAGCGGGAGGAUAAAGCAGAGGGCAAGGUCGCGCGCAAGGCCAACGUCGAGCGCGCGGGAAAAUGGACCGGGGAGCGCAAGGAGCAGGACAAGCUGAAGAAGGCCGCAAACAAAGCCGCGAAGCUCGAGAAGAAGAGGCGGCGCGAGGAAGCGAAGGCGGACAAGCUGCAGGAGCAGGACACGAAGCUCCAGGCUGAGGCACUAAAGGCCAAGGCCAGGCAGACGCACUUGACGGAGCUGCAGAAGCAGGAGAGCUCGAUGAUGGAGAAACUCGGUGAGGAGGCCAACGAGGAAACCGGCGCGACUGACGACCACGCCCCAAUCGACGACGAAAAGCCCCGAAAGAAGGACAAGAAGAGCAAAAAGUCAAAGUCGAAAGAACCACUGGAAGAGGCUGUGCAGGAGGCGGAGCAAGCUGUUGAGGAUAAGCCAGCCAAGAAAGAGAAGAAGAACAAGAAGCAGAAGCAAGACCCCGAGGCUGUUGCUGAAGUUCAAGUCACUACCAGCGAGGUCGAGAGCACCGAGAAGCCUUCGAAGAAGGAAAAGAAGCGCAAGCGUGACCUCGAGGCUGGCGAUGUCACCACGGAUGUUCCUGCAGACAAAGAAUCACCAGCCAAGAAGAAAUCCAAGAAAGACAAGAAGAAAAAGUCAGAAGCCAAGACCGAGAGUGCGCCGGUUGAUGCACCAGCCGACGAGCAGCCCCCUACCAAGAAUUCUAAGAAGGACAAGCAGCGCGAGCUGGAACAGAAAGCCCACGAAGUCACAGCAGAUGUUCCAGCCCCAGCAGCCGUCCCGGCCGAUGAGGUGGCGCUGAAGAAGGCAAAGAAGGACAAGAAAUCCAAGAAGGAGAAGGCGACCAAGGAAUGCGAAGACAAGGACAAAGGCAAGAAAGAUGCAAAGUCCGGCGCAGACAACAAGCAGCCCUCUCAAGCCGAGAAGGCAGCGACCGAGGCCGCCAACUGGAAUGUCAGCGAGCUCGGUGGCGGCGCGUCAAGACAGGCCAAGUUCCUCCGGCUCCUGGGCGGUAAGAACGCCGGCGGAGGUGCUGCUGCUGCUGCGACCACCAGUGAAGGGUCGGCGGCAGCGCGGUCGCACUUUGACGUGAGCAAGGUUACGGGGGAGCUGGAGAAGCAGUUCGAGGCCGGUCGGAGGAUGAAAUUUGACACGGGCGGUCAACACAAGGGCCUGGGAGCAUGA